AUGAUGGAUGAACUGAAACGCCGACUUCUUCAUCGUGGAAGUACCCUGUCUUCAUUCCGCUAUUGUACGUCGGUAACCCGUCGCCUUCCAAGCAAGAUUUUGCAUUCUCCAUUCAAAGUUGGUGCUAGGAUUCUUUUCAUCCUGUUCACAAUAAUAGCUUCCAUCUCUGCUGGAAAUGAUGAAUUUAUUGGAAACUUAAUUGCUGAAGCCAUUGAUAAAAUCGGUCAUGAUGGAAUAAUUUUUAUUGAAUCUUCUUCAUCAAGUGAAACUUCUGUGAUUGUUGAAGAAGGAAUGAAGGGUUGCUAUUGUGAAAUGUCCUGGUGUUGGGAACAAAAGAAAGCUUUACUUCAAGAUAUUUCCCUCAUGAUAGGAGCUGAUUUUUUAUCUGGAGAUUUGGGUUUAUCUCUAGAAUAUGCAACUUCUGAUCAACUUGGAAUUGCACAAAAAGUAACUAUAACAAGUAAUUACACAACUAUUGUAGCUGAUCCAUCCACGAAAGCUGAAAUCAAAGCAAGAAUUUCACAAAUAAAGAAAGAUCUUUCUGAAACAAAUAGUUCUUAUCCUUCUAAAAAGCUCGAUGAACGAAUUGCAAAACUCUUUGGUAGUGUUGCCAUUAUCAAGGUAAGGGCCCACACUGAGAUGGAAUUAGAAGAUCGAAAGCUAAGAAUUGAGGAUGCAAAAAAUGCCACGUAUGUAGCCAUGGAUGAGGGUAUUGUGCCUGGUGGUGGGACCACUUAUAUUCAUAUUCUUGAGGAAAUUCCCUCCAUUAAAAAGUUAAUGGAAGAUCCAGAUGAAGAAAGUGGUGUCAACAUCAUAGCAUCUACCUUGCCAACUCAAAUGCCCUGCAGAUUGCUGGAAAUGCUGAUCCAGGUGGUAUUUGACUCCAUGCACGAGAGGUUGCGUACACAUGCUGAAUCUGUUGCUUCCUUUGGAGGUGGUGCUCGAGAGAAAGCCAUGAUUGAGUCAAGAUUUAAUGAGCUUCUUGCUCAUGCUAAAAUACUUCUGAGGAAGAAAUGGUUAUUUGGAGUACUGGAUGACUUUGUCACCAAACAACUACCCCACAAUGUUACCUCAGGAUUGCGCUUGUUAUAUGCUAUAGUGCACAAAGCUGAUCGUUCAUUGACUUCCACUCAAGGUGAGCUUGCACAUGCAUUGCGGUUUUUGGCAUCAGUUGUAUCUCAAAGCUUCUUGGUCUUUGGUGACAUCUUGGAGCUGCAUAGAAAGUUCAUUGAACUGUCUGGUCGUGUUAAUUGGAUUUUUGAACUUGAGCAACUUCUUGAUGCUGCACAAUCUGAUGAAAAUGUUGGUGCUUCAUCAAAGUCCAAUGAGGAACUUGAGGAUGUUAUCUCUCUUUUGGAGGUUGAUAUUAUCACGCCAACACAUAAUUUAUUAGCCAGAAAGCUGACUUGCGAGAUAGUACCAGGGAAAAGCCUUCUUCUUCCCGUCAGGUUCUUUUAUCUUUUAUCCCCCGCUUUAGUAGCCAUCUUUGGAAAGCCCUUGUUCUCAAAACAAAACAGGAUAUGGACAUCCAAGAUAGAGAACUAG